AUGGCUCAAGCUGAGAACACGCUUGGUGGGCGGUUUAUCCUGGCCCCUUUGCUGAAGCAAAAGUUCAGAUAUCCAGUGCAUGAAAGAUGUUGGCUGAACGUUCUGGAUUUCGCCCUCAUCACCAACAACAGUAACAGCAGCAACAACUUUGGUGCCCUUGACAGGCUACACACUCUUGUUCACAGGCCAGCUGACCUUUCUUGGAUUACUAGACGAUGCCCUUCAACCAGGCCAUCUUCCCUGGAGAAGCUUCCGGCAGAGAUCCUCCGCGAGAUAGUUUCUGGGCUAGGAAUCACGGAUCAGAUGGCUGUCGCACUAUGCUCGCAGCGCCUCUGGAUUCACACUGUUUCAGCCAUCCGUGAGCAUCUCAGCUCAAGGCACAAACAGAUUUCUUGGGCGGGAACCCCCAUCAUUAGCUUGGCGGCAUGGCUCACGUCCUUCCCACAGGCUCUAUUUGAAGUUGUACCAGAACUGCAAUGCUCAAGGGAACGAUUAAACCCCCCGGGAGAGGAUAGUCCAUGGUACCGAGAUUGGGUCAUCGGCGAAAUCGCCAGCUCCGAGAGAGCUUCGUCUCCCGAGUACCAUGUUGUCAUGAUGGAGUUCUGGAGGCAGAUCUCGACCAGUGACAUCCCUGAGGACCUUCAUUCACGGAUGGCGUCUUGUCUUGAUCUGCAUGCAUUAAAGGAUGGCGCCGGCUGCUACCUCCGCAACCAUACCGCAAAAGAAUACAUACGCCUGGAGCUCAUCAAGAAGAAAUCCGGCACCAUAGCGACAUUAGUUGGGCACGGCUGGCUGAACUUGGCUAUCCUCCUCUUUUGGCUUAUUCACUACAAUGGCCGUCAACCAAACCCGGUGCCCGACUGGAGCGACGAGCCAGAGACGGGGGACUCUCCUUGGGACUUUACACUGGACGAGGCCGGUAACCUAGAAUUUAAAACGGAUCUACGCAAGGAAGAAGUACGUCAUUUCCUUAGAGUCGGCAAAUGGGCCGCUCAUUGCCUGGACGUGACGGACGAGGCUCCCGAGGAGAUGAUUGCCAACUGGCAGGACCGUACUCCCGACGUUGAGAAGCGAGCGCGGAAUUGGUUGAUGGCGAUUUAUGCCACGUCUUUCCAUAUCAGGAGGGACUCCCAAAUUGGUUGGUGGUGGGAUUACUGGGGUAUAAUUGUACAGGAGGAGCUGAAGCGGGGAGAAGUGCGUCCUGGGAGGUCUUGA